GAAACUCUACAGCGUUCUUCACAAAGGAGCUCCUCCCAGGUCUCCUACAGAGGGUAUGCGCCCGUUCUCAGCGCCUUGACGACGCAGCUAGCCCGGGACGACAUGAUAAAAUCCGCAAGCCUGCGCGCUUUUGUGUAUUUGACGAUAUUUUUGACAAGACAUUGUCAUGUUGCGCGCUCAGAAAUAGAGAUUCUUGGCUCCGGUGUCAGACCUGUGAACGAACCGAUGGGUGGGCCAGGACCCAUGCCUGGUGAUGGAGAUGCACCCAUGGGAGGAGGUAGGGAAUUGCCUGGGCCGGGCGGUGAAAGCUCCUCUGGGGAUUCUGAAUUUGGAAUGUCCAACAGUGGCGGCGGCGGUUCCAGGAUUAUUGGACUCCGACGGGUGGGCCCCCUCCUGAAUGGUGGUGCUCCUCCAGGCAACAUGUGGAACGGCAACUUUGGAGGUAACUUGCCCUCCAGCAAUCUCAAUGGUGGUGGAGGCGGAGGUGAUGGAGGAGGAGGUGCGCCGGCUGUCCUCGGCCUAGGCCCUGGUGGUUCUCCGUUGGGCUCCGGCAACGUUGACUUUGAGGGUGGAGGCGAUGGCAGUGCUUUCAGUGGCCCAGGCUCGGGUGGCUCAUUUGGAUCCGGUGGCGGCGGUUUUGAAGGUGGAAAUGGUGGAGGUCUAUCAUCUAGAUUCGGUGCGGGCUUUGGUGGCUCAUCGUUCGGGUCAGGCGGAGGUAAUUUUGAAGGCCCACAAGAAGGUCCGGGGGGCAACGUCAACAGAGAAGGCCCGCCUUCGGGUGGAUUCAGUGGAGGUGGUGGCGGCUUUGGCGGUAGCGGCUUUGGCGGUGGAGGUUUCGGCGGUGGCGGUUUCAACGGGGGUGGAGGUGCCUUCACCGGGACCACUUCAGAUCGCGGUUAUAGCGGUUAUGGCGGCGCCACCAUGCCACCGCGGGCACCAUCAUCGCAAGGAACGCGGGAACCGCAGCCAGAAACGCCAAAAGGCAGCAGCGAAGAAAAUUCGGAAGAGACAGGCUGGUAA